UAUUUAGCCUAUACAUUGUUGUUUUCAUACACAUUUGAAUCCUGGAUUACACACAUAUAUAUAUACACAUUUUUUAAAUAUAGUUUUUUACAUAUAUCAGAAAAAGAGACACGUCAAAAAUGAAGAUCAAGUCGUCGUCUCAUAAAUCUGAGAACACAUUCGUGUUGUUGGGAAACUGCAGCACAGCUGUUAGCAUAGGUAGCGACGUCUGCUUAGCUAUUGCAUUUAACAAAUAUUUGUUAAUAUUCAUAGCUAUCUCGCAUGCCUUGUUUUCAGUAUGUCUGAACAGUUUCAAGUUAACCACGUUUUCCUGUUACUACGUUGAAUGUACCAACAAGCAUAGCUGCUUGGAUAUGUUAAAUAUCAUGUAGCCUAGCUAGCGAGUCAUUUCAUACCGUAUCGCUCACUGUAACGUUAGUAGACCACAGAAAGUAGCUAACUCUCGAUCGUUUGUUUUACAGUUUCUCACGUUUGCUGAACGGCUUGUGAAUAUCGAUGUCAUCCAUUGCAUUGACAGAACUGAGAGUUAUAAUGAAGUAUGUAUGCUCUGAGACUGCAGAUCCCCUAUUAAACGUGUUAAAAAUGACGUUUUUGUCGUUAAAGGUCGCACUCACAUCGGCUACUCGCGUCAAUUCACUCUCAGCUGUUCUCGCUAUAUGCCCAUUUAGCCUGCAUAUCAACUGCAUGCUCAAUUAAACGUACUUAUCUGACCCGUUAUCAGCCUAUCUACCUAAACAGCGGGUAGUCUCCGUCAGUGUACUGCUAUCAUUGUGUGACUGUGUGUCUGUUCAGUUGCUGUGCCACCAGGACCAGCAGAUUCAGAGGGCAGCAUUGGAGUGUGUUCUGACCUACAAAGACCCCAACGUCCUCCUCUAAAAGGAGAAUCUGGAGAGGCUGCUGGAUGACAAACACUUCAAGGAUGAGAUCGUUCACUUCAACAUCUCAGAGGAGCAGGCCGUGUUGGACGCCUCACACAGGGCAUAGCUUGUCCCACUGCUUAUGAGGGUUCUGUUUGGGCCAAUGCGCAGUAAGACUGGCAGUAAGUUCCAGGGCCAGUCUGGCGCUGUGCAGCGUUCCUCCAUCGUGCUGAGGUUUCUGGCAGGAUGCCAGUCUGAGGAGCUGGGCAUGUUCAUUGACCUCUGCUGGAGCCCGUCUGCCACCACGGACAGGGCAGGCUGUAUUGCUCCUCUGAAGAACCUGAGGCGCCUGGGGGUCCUGAGGAUCCAGGACUUCUUUGAUGGCUUCGACUCGUACAGCUUCACCCCAGAUGAGCUCGAUGCCGUCUUCCAGGCUAUCGUCUGGCCCCAAGUCUGCCGUCUGCCAACAGAGAGCCCCUACUCCCCUACCCCUCUCCUCAAACUCAUCCACGUCUGGAGCAAGAAUGCCAGGUACUUCCCCCUCCUGGCCAAGCAGCAGACUGGUCACCCAGAGUGUGACGUGCUCCUGAACGUGUUCGCCCUGCUCUCCGCCAAAAAUGUCUCCACCCAGACCGUUGCCAUGGUGAUGGACAUUACCGAGUCAUUGGUGACCACGAAGGACCUUCUGGUUUCGGAGGGUGAGGAGGCGGAGCUGAGCUUCAACGGCAGUGUGUUCUCCCAGCCACCAGAGGGAGCCUACAUCUCUUCAGUACCUCAGCGGCAUUGUACGCAACUCUGUCAGACUCAAGAAGAAGAAGUUUCGAUCCCAGGUGGCCAAGGAGCCCCAACGUCCUCUCAAAGUAAGUCCUUCGGUCCUCACAUCCUUCUGCGUCCGUUAUGAAGUGUUGACUACUGUGCUGUGGCGACGUGCUGACUUUAUGUGACCAACCCGGUUCCUGGAGAGCUACGGUCCUGUAGGCUUUCACUCCAACCCCAGUUGUUUACGAACCUGACUCCGCUUAUCAUCCAGCUAAUUAUUGGAAUGCGCUAGAUUGUUUGGCGCGAAAACCUACAGGACGAUAGCUCUCCAGGAACAGAGAGCCCUGUUGUAGACAGUCGAAUGUCUCCAAUGCCAUUCCUAGGCGGCGUAUUCUAGCCUCUGCUCUUUGUGAUCUCAUCACAGCUCUCCUUCUCAGGUUUCAGGUCGUUGUAUGGUGGUGAUGAUAGUUAUGGUUUCUGCAGGCUAAUGUGAUCUCUCUCCUCUCCAGGCUCAGCAGGUUCGUGAGUGAUAAGGACCAGAGCACAGUGCUCAUCAGCCUGCUGCUGCCAUACCUCCAGAAGGCCCGCAACACACAGAAGACUGAGAUUGAUAUCCUGGCUACAGUCCAGAACCUGCUGAGACAGUGUUCUGAUCCCGCCUCCUUCCCCAAGCCUAUCAGUAGACUGUUCUCCAUCCUCCACAACAACCUGCCCAGACAGGCCCUCACCUCUGUCUUCCAGAAUGUGAUCUGAGUAGCAGAAUGUUUACCUGUGUCUCACAAGAGACUCUGGCAGACCUGGAUAGUGGACUGAAGUACAUCGCAGAUACAGCUGCUAAGUUGAAUGCCGUUUGACAGUCGUCGCCUGGACGAGGUGAACUUCGACGUGCGUCUCACAGCCUUCCAGGAGGCCACCAGGAGGAUCAACGACAUGGACACGCUGGAUAUGAACUUCAUCUACACCGUGAUGCACACGGUUACGCUGCAGUCCGGUCUCUUGACUAUCGCGUCGACUUUGGUCGUAUUUUGGAACGCUCCCGUCUUAUUUUAGAUGUCCUAUUCACUUUAUGAAUCAAUAAAUGUAGCAUUUGACAAAACAUUUAUUGCGCCACAAAUAUUGCGCCACAAAUGUGGUUUCUGCUCUACAUUUAUUUGACGAGUUGUGGAAAUAAUUUCCUCUUCAAAGGAACAUUAACAGUAAUGUAAUUUCAUCCAUUCAUUGAAUUCGACAUGUCCCUGGCAGACAACGCCACCUUGUGUCUGCCUGCUGUCCUUACACGUCUGGCUGCAGUGGGUCGGGGAGACAGUACCGUACACCAUACUGGACGCAGUCAGGAAAGGACUGAGGAGCAAGACUGAGUCCAUCACCAUCCUAGUAAAGAACAUGAAGACACACAAGAUAACAGACGCAGCUGCAAUUGCUGCUGGGAUACGCUGAGGAGGACAUUUAUGACCAAUCACGUCAGGCGACAGCCUUCGUUCGGCCUGCUAGAGGCCAUCCUGUCCAGGA